GACUAAUAAUGAAAGGGUGUAGUAGGAUCUUUGGUAGCGUUAACUUACCAUCCCCAUAUACAUGUCUCUCGGACCAGCUUUUAACUCAAGCAUUAAUUUGCAUGUUUUAGUUUUUUAAUCAAUUGUGAAAAUUAUAUUUUCAAACGUUGUCUUUCCAUCACCACCGUUGACGAUUUACGGUUAUGAACGGAAAUGAUACCUGUUUAAUAUCCAUUGAUAUCUCUAACACUAAUGAUGGAUCUGUACUAUCUUUAAUUCCUGAAAGCAGUGGCUUACUGAUGCCUGCUUCACAUAGCAGGCGGAGGCUAUUCGAUAUGACAUAUGAUACCUUUAGCAAGCUAUAUCUUUUACAACUGAGAUGUCAAAGCUCUCCCAAUUUCCGACUCAACUUUAAUCCAAAGGUUGCUAAUAUAAAACAAGAAAACAAAAGGUUUUUUGUUGUAAACUGUGAAUCUUUCACGUCCUUGAACAAUUACUUUACUCGAGUGAUUUCCUAUGAUGAGCUAUCUUUGCAACCAAACGUGUGCGAGGUACCUACAUUAUUCGACACGAAAGACGACGUAUUUAAGUUCACUUGGGAUUGGAAUCCUACUAUUCAUAACUCUUCGGAGGAUGGUUAUACCAAUUAUUCGUGUUUAGCUAUUUAUUCGUUUGAGACUGAAUGCUUAGUGCCUAUUAACAAGUUUUAUUAUCACGUAAAAUGGGUCCCAUCCUGUGACUAUGAAGAUACUCCUAUAUCGUUCAAUCCUCCCACAACAGAAUCUCCCCAGACUGCUGACAUUGGUUUGUCACGAAGUCCUAAAUCUUUUCCUAAAGCAGCCAUAUACAGUUCGAAAACAACGCUAUAUCCUGAGACCUAUGAAGACAAUCCUUUUUUUCGAUCUAUUUUGCAUGAGUUAGAGCAGAAGUCAUCUUCUAUGAAGUUGUAUUAUAAAAAACUAAUGAAACGAGUUAUGCAGGCCAGUUCUGCUUUUGAAGAAUCCGAGUAUGCUCUCAAACGAUUAUCGGCCACUCUUUAUGAAGCGUCUACGGAUACAACUAUAGCUUCGCAGAAGAUGCUAAGUGAGUUUUUACUUCGCUCGUUUGAAUUAGAGAUGAUUGUCCUACGACAUAUGAAAGCUGAUUUUAUGAAUCAUUUGCAUGAGCCUUUACAAAGAAUAUAUUCAACCUCUAUAAAGCUCGUUGAUGAUAAGAGAGUUGAAUUUGAAGAACAAAGUAAAAGUUAUUAUACUUUAUUGUCUCGCUUUAUGUCUACUCGUAAAGACUCAAAGUUAUCUGAAUCGCUCUUUUAUGCGAAAGAAAAACGCUUCACCCUACAACGUUAUGAAUAUUACUGUUUUAUGCGAGAUCUUCAAAAUGGUACUACUAUGAGUGAAAUCAAUGAAGUUUUUUUAAAUUUUGUGACUCGAAGAUUUGAAAAAUUAUCCGACUAUAUCGAUUCGUUGAAUGAUUUAACACCUCAGCUACAACAUCAGAUGUCAAAGUUGGAAGCUUGCAAAGGAGAUCUUGCAUAUAGAGAAAAAUGCAGGAGAAAGCAACGGUCGGCUAUGAUGUUGAACAAAAUUCGGCCAAAGUCUAUGUUUUCUUUUCCAAUCUCGCCUUCCUCUGAUAUUUCAGAAAAUUCCGAUUUUACUGCAUACAGCCCAUCACAUUCUUCAUCGUCUGAAGAUUCCCAAAAGCUCAUGAGUCCUACGUCAAAUGCUAACACGCCCGGCUUAAUAUACAAGGAAGGACUUUUGUUUGUCUUCACAGUCUCUGAAUUAGGAGCCGAUUUAGCAGUUCACAGUAAAGCAGCCUGGCAUAAAUACUGGGUUGUUAUCAAGGAUGGUUAUGUACUGGAGUACGCAAAUUGGAAAGACUCCGAAAAGACUAGCGUGUGUUCAAUCUCACUGCGAAAUGCUUCAGUAAGAAAACUAAGAAAGCAACCUAGGAAGUAUUGUUUAGAAUUGGUAUCUCCAAAAGCAAAGCGCUUAUAUCAAGCAACUUCAGAAGCGGACUUGGAUACGUGGGUGAACUCCAUUAAUGAGUCUAUAAUAUCUUUAAGUAAACAAUCUUCUUCAGAUGAUUCUUUCAGAGUUUCUGAGGAGCAUCCCAUUUCUAAAGAGUUUUUAACCUUACCUGCGGAACGUGUUCGCUUGACCCGCAAAAUAAGUGGCACAGGAUUAAGGAGGGCAUUUACCAGAAAAGGUUCUUGGAAUUUUCCGCAGUUAUUUCGGAGUGCGAGUACAAAUACUAAAACUAUCGAGGAUUUAGAAAAAUAUCAUGCAACUGCAAACAUUUUCAUACAAAUGUUAGAAAGAAUCGAUCCCGAGAAUUCUAAAUGUGCUGAUUGUGGUUCUACUAAAGACGUGACGUGGUGCUCUAUCAACGUUCCAGUAAUGUUGUGUAUAGAAUGUAGUGGUGUUCAUCGUUCACUUGGUUGUCAUAUUUCAAAAACGCGUUCCCUUUUAUUUGACUCUCUCUCUCAACAGCUUAAGCUUCUAUUGUCUCGGGUAGGGAAUUCGGUCGUAAACCGUGUUUAUGAAGCAAAAUUAAAUUCAUUUUCCGGCAAGCCUUCUCCCGAUAGCGAUACGGAUUCGAAAAGCUUGUUUGCUAAGAGAAAGUACGUUGAACAUGCUUUUAUGGAUCUGUCAUCAGUAGAUCCUGAUAAAUAUCUCAUGGAAGGUCUAAAAGCGAAUGAGACAGAAAAGGUUUUGCUAGCAGUUGCUGCUGGACCAAACUUUAAAGAACAGGGAAUUGAUUUUCUCAAAGAAGUAACACAGGAUACGACUCGCUUGCAUUAUUUAGAGCUAAUGCUUUUAAACGGACUAUUACUGCCCUCAUCUGAGGAAUUGUCCGACUUUGCAUGUAAAGACAUGCAAUCGUUGUUGCAGCAGAGGCAAUUUGUUAAGUAUCGAGAGACAUGACUUUAAGAAAUAAGAAGAUACGGAUAGUCUGGCCGAAUAGGUAUUUCCUUCAGCGAUAUGCUGAAUAAAGAGUCGGGUCAAUUUACAACAUUUCUUUCUACUGUUAUUUCUCUUACUUGCUCGCUUUCUUUAAAUAAGAGUCAAGCAUUCCAGUUGAUUAUGAUUUUUUUUUCUUUUGAAAAAAAAGAUGCAUUCAUGUUUUCUAAGUGUUACUCGUAACAGCGCACAAGAUACUACUCAUUUAUUAUAAAAAGCAAAAGAUAAUUUUAAAUGGCAGUCCACGGCGAGUGUAUGCCCUCGUCAGUAAUGUUUGCGCUUUAACUUCUGGUGUGUCUUUGGUUUACGUUGACAAUAUCAUCUUGUCUGUUUGAUAUGAUUCGGUUUUUACAGAAUCUGAAAACUUGAUGAAAUACGCUCUUUUUAUCUGCCCCUUGAGACUCUGCUAUGUCUCUAUCCAAAUGUGAAACCUAUUUAUUAUUGAUCUUUUUUCUUCUGAUGAAACAUUUAUUUCUUUGAACAUUCAUUUUGGUACUAAUUUCCUAUUAAUAAUAACUAAUCUGAUUGUACCUUUUCUAAG